CCGAGUUUAGUGUAACACUGUUUGACAACAGCGGCUGCUGCUACAGAAAUGUGGAGGAAACGGUUUUAAACAUUUAUUAGGAUACCGUUUAUAGUCACUGAAGUGUAAGAUUCCACGGGUGAAAGUACAUGAGCAGUAUGUCGGCGGGAAAGAAAGGAAGCGUGAUCUUCUCCGGAUUCAGGGCGCUGGGACUUUACUCCAAUCAUCUGGCACACGUGCUUCGCUUCCAUAAGAAACAUAGAGAGUUCUAUGUGCUCACUGCAGUCGGACAGUGUUUCCACACGUUUAAUGUCAAGAAACUUGGAAUCGUUGCAGUCAGUAAUGCCCUCCCAGAAGACAUUUCAUCCCUAGCAGCAGAUCGUAUGCUUGUCUAUGCGGCAUAUGGAAAACUUAUCUCUGCUUUUGCGCAAAACAAAGAGGUUGUUCACACAUACACAGGCCAUCAAGCUGAUGUGCACUUAUUGUUGCCUUUCGGAGAUCAUCUGAUUUCUGUUGACAAAGACAAUGUUGUCAUUAUUUGGGAUGUGGAAUCUGAAGACACAUACCUUCAGAUUUCAUAUGACAAAGCAUCAUUUGAAGUCUCUGCUUUGAUGCAUCCGAGCACCUACCUGAAUAAAAUCCUGUUUGGAAGCAGUCAAGGGAGUCUUCAGUUGUGGAACGUCAAAUCAAACAAACUCCUGUUCUCAUUUCCUGGCUGGGCAUCUGCUGUUACUGUUCUUCAACAGACUCCAGCUGUCGAUGUUGUGGGUGUGGGUUUAGCAUCUGGGCAGAUCAUCAUUCACAAUAUCAGAUUUGAUGAAACACUGAUGAAGUUCCAACAAGACUGGGGUCCAGUCACAGCUUUAUCCUUCAGGACAGAUGGACAUCCAAUAAUGGCUUCUGGCAGCCCUAUCGGACACAUAGGCCUGUGGGAUUUAGAGGAGAAGAAACUAGUCAGUCAGAUGCGGGAUGCUCAUACAACAGCCAUCGCUGGCCUCACGUUUCUUCAAAGCGAACCCCUUCUUAUCACCAACGGAGCAGACAAUGCCAUACGGGUGUGGAUUUUUGAUGUUGCCGGAGGAGACGGGCGUCUGCUAAGACAAAGAACUGGUCACAGUGCCCCACCAACAAAGAUUAAACACCAUGACCAGAGCGGCUUAAACAUUCUUAGCGCAGGUCAAGAUGGUACUUUGCAGUCAUUUUCAAGUGUUCAUGAAAGAUUCAACAAGAGUUUGGGGCACGGCACCCUCUACAAAACAAAAGCUAAAAAGAAAAGUGUGACGCAUGACACGGCAAAACUUCCGGCCAUCACAACGUUUGCCUCAGAAACUGGUCGUCAGAGUGACUGGGAUGGCAUUAUUGCAUGCCACCGUGGUUUCCUUGUGACUACAACAUGGAACUACCGGAAAGGUUCGAUUGGUGCUCACAAGCUGGAGCCUGAACGCUUCAACAAGAACCGUAGCCUCAAUGUCCAUGCAACGGCUGUUGAUAUCACAUCCUGCGGGAACUUUGCAGUGAUUGCACUGUCUUCGGGGCACAUUGAUGUGUACAACAUGCAGUCUGGUUUUCAUCGAGGGCAUUAUGGACAGGACAAAGCACAUGCAGGGCCUGUGCGUGGCGUCUCUGUGGAUGCGCUGAACCAGUUGACAGUUAGCGUGGGAGCAGAUCGGCUUCUGAAAAUAUGGAAGUUUAAAUCCAAGGAGCUGUUACAUACACACAGCCUGCCAGCUUCCCCAGCAUCAUCUCUGCUUCACAGGGACAGCGGAAUGCUCGCCGUUGCUCUGGAUGACUUUACCAUCCACAUUCUAGACAUGGAGACGAGGAGGAUUGUCCGCAGAUUCUCUGGACACCGUGGGCAGAUGAAUGAUAUGACAUUUAGUCCAGAUGGACGCUGGCUGAUAACAGCAUCUAUGGACUGCACCAUCAGAACAUGGGAUCUUCCAUCUGGCAGUUUGGUCGACUGUUUCCUGGUAGACGCGGCAGCCGUCAGUCUCAGUAUGUCCCCUACCGGGAACUUCCUGGCCUCAGCGCACGUUGAUGGCCUAGGUAUUUAUUUAUGGUCCAAUAACACACUGUGCAGUAUGGUAUCAUUGCGCCCUCUACCUGCGGACUAUGAGCCGGCUGUCAUCAUGCUCCCAGGCACCUGCCCAUGCAAAGAUACAGAAGAGGAGGAAGUUUUAGAUGCUGACAGCUCUGAAAUGGCUGAGUACAUUUCACCAGCACAACUGGAUGAACAUCUGGUCACACUCUCUCUGCUUCCUGACUCACGCUGGAAGAACCUGCUGCAUCUGGACAUCAUCAAGAAAAAGAAUAAACCCAAAGAACCUCCAAAAUUGCCCAAAGCUGCACCCUUCUUCAUUCCCACCAUUCCAGGGCUGGUGCCCCAGUUUGCUCUACCCAGCACACCCUCAGAGGACCAGUCUAAAGUUGUCAACUUGGGAGUGUUGGCACAGAAGUCCACCUUCUACCUUCAGCUUGAGAAUGCUUUAAGCAACAAUUCAUAUGAGGAGCCAAUAAAGCUGUUGAGAGAGUUGGGCCCUUCUGCCAUUGAAACAGAACUUCGGGGCCUGUCACCAGAAAUGGGUGGAGAUAUCAGAGUUAUGCAGAGCUUCCUCAAGAUGAUCAGCAGCAUUCUUCAGUCCAAGAGAGAUUUCGACCUGGCUCAAGCCUACCUAGCAUUGUUCCUUAAGGAACUGCUAGUUUCUGGUCUAACCAGCCAUAGUCUCGCAUAGCCAGACCUUCAGACUGACAGCAGAAGGUCUGGGAACUAUGGCUGCUUUGAGUGGCCAAGGCCCGCCCAAGAGGCCAUAUGACUGACAGGUACAGCAACCAAUCACGUUCUGUCACAAUAACAGACUGGUGUGUAAAACUCUCAGACAUAUUUUAAAGAUUCUGUGCUACAAAUUUCACAUACUUUUGAAAAUCCAGCAUUUAGCUGAUCCUGAUAAGCACUCCUUAUCACAGUUGUAAACACGACAGCUUUCUUCUUUCGUGAAGGGGUUUGGCGCCACAGCGUUUUUGUUUCCAGGCAAGACGUUAAAGAACAUGACCGCACGUCUCCCGGAAACCCUAUAUAAUCUAACCAAUCUGAUGAUGACUUCAAAACUCCGGAAAUGUUUCCAGCUAAGUGUGCCUUGUUAGCGAAGUGUGCAUUAGACUGAGACUAAACCAGUCAUGACAAGACUGUCGAUUGUUUCUGUUUCUUACUAAACAUGCUGGGAAGCGCCUGUUCACAGUCAAACAUCACUGAUCUAAAAAUCCUGUUUCACAUUAAUCAUGUAUCCGCAUUGCAAAUAAUAAUUUUUGAUUUGGACUCCACCAGAAUUUCACCAGAGGGCUUUCCUUGAAAAUAUUUAUAAUAUAGUAUUCAUGUAAUAUUUAUGAUGUGAAUUCAAACACAUAAUUCAGUUCCAGUGGAAAUAAAAAUGUACUAUGAAGGACCAAAAAUGGUGAAAAUUGGAAAAUUGUUGAAAGCAAGGCUGCAUUUAUUUGAUCAGAAAUACAGUAAAUAGAAAUAUCAUUACAAUUUAAAAUAACUAUUUCUAUUCCAACAUUUCAAUUAAAUAUCACAUAAUCCUUCAGAAAUCAUUCUAAUACAUGCUGAUUUUGUGCUCAAGAAACAUUUUUUAGUUUUGUCAAUGUUAAAAAAACAGUUUUUGCUGCUUAAUAUUUUUGUGCAAACUGUAAAACAUUACCAUAUAAUGGGUUGGGGUAUGUGCAAUAAAAAAAAUUAUUAGAUUUAUUCAGCAAGAAUGUAUUAAAUUGAUCAAAAGUGAGGGUAAAGACACUUUUAAUGUUACAAAAAUACUCCAUUUCAAAUAAAUGACGUUUAAUGAACAUAAAUUUGUGGAAAAAGUUUUCACACAAAUAUUAAGCAGCAAAAACUGUUUUCAACGUUAAUGAUAGUAAAAACCAUUAAUAGCAUUAAUAGUGAAGCACCAGUAACAACCGGACAUCAAAUCACCAUCUUAGAAUGAUUUCUGAAGAAUCAUGUGACACUGAAGACUGGAGUAACGGCUGCUGAAAAUUCAGCUUUGCCACCACAGGAAUAAAUUACAUUUUAAGGUGUAUUCAAAUAAAAAAAAAGUUAUUUAAGAUUGUAAUAAAAUUUCACAAUAUUACUGUUUUUACUGUGUUUGUGAUCAUAUAAGACAAAGCCUUGGUGAGCAUAAUAUACUUCUUUCAAAAACAUUUAAAAAUCGUAAUUAUACCAAACUUUUGUUGCCAUUAAAAUAGAUAAGUAAUAAUAGAUGUUAUUGUUCCAUAUAAUAAUAUAUAAAAUGUGAUCUUGUAAUAUGCAAUGAUGUUGUUUAAUAUACAUUAUAAACAUAUAAAGUAUAAUAAUGGCAUUAAUCUUAUAACAACAAAUUCUCUUUUUUUUUUCAUUUAUAAAAGUGCUGCGACAAACGUGAUAUGUACUGAUUAGCUAUGAAUUUGUCAGUUUUUUAACAUAGUAAUUUUGCUGGAUAGGACACUGGAUUUGUUUGGUUUUUAAACAGCAGAUGGCAGCAAAUGAAUAUAAAAACAUUUGUUCAGCACCUUUCAUGGAGUAUCUCCAUUAUUUCUGCACUAUACGUACUACUAAAAGUAUUCACUUUAUAUACAGUCAAUAAAUUAUAUCUAGUUAGAGAACGGUUUGGGGCGUUAUGCUGAAAAGAUGUAGAUCUUUUGCAUUUUUAUCUCUAACAAUGUUUUCUUCCUG